UCGUUCAGAAUAUUCAAAACUGGUAUAGGAAAGAAAAUGGCUGCGAUGUCGACGAGAUAGACGACUUUUUUUUAAAUCCCCGCGUCAUCUACUCCCACCGGGAAUCGCCCAUUUUCCGUUCAGUAGCUCGUCGCCGGGAACUUUGUUCUUCGAGUCAAAGUAACGAAACCCUAAACGCAGUUUACUCGGGUCCGCCGGAGAAGCUGAUGAGGGAACGGCGUGACGUAUAUGAAGCGGAUGUCAGAUCAGACUCUGGUUCUUCGAGGAGUGAAGAAAAGGAUCUCAUUGAGAAGAAUGACUCUGGGAAUCCGAUGAGAAUACAGCAGGGAGAUUCGAAUUCCCGGCCCGGGUCUCGGAAAUCUGGAAAGAGUUUGAGAAAUGAAGAGCUUGAAGUGCCAAACUAUGGUUCGGAGACUUCUUCUAGUGCUCAUAAACCAUAUGGGAACCCUAGCAAUCCAGUUCAGUAUACAGAUCAAGAACGGGCUGAGCUUCUGAGACGACUAGAUUCCAUAAAGGAGCAUCUAAUCCGUGGUUCUAACAUGGUUGAUAAACCUAAAGAAUCAGAUCAGCCACCAAUGCCCUUUCCUGGUCCUGGUAAACAUGUUCAGGGACCUUCAUUUUACCGUCCCUACCCAGAGCCUUUUCCUUAUGCUGGUGGGAACCCAGUGCCGAUGCAUGGGAUGUAUCCUUCAACGAGUAACCCUGCUCAUAUUCCCGGGUAUAGAGACCCUUUUGGGUUCCAAAUGCAUAGGAGACCCCCGAACUGGCAUCAGGGUCAUUACCCCAAUCCCAUGGCUCAUCCCUAUGUUCCAGGACAGUAUGUCGAUAUUGGUUCUGAUAUACUCGAGCCACACCCACAAGAUCCCAUGUAUCAUCCGUUCUUUCCAACUACACCGAGUAGGUAUGGUGACGUACCAUAUUCACCUGUCUCACACCAACGUGAGAAAUUUGCACCAUUUGGUUCACAUAGCUACAAUAGUUCGAGUACUUUUCACUCUUCAAUGGGCUCUUUAGGUUCACAUGGCCACACGAGGUGGCCAAGUGAUCUUGACUCUGAAAUGGGUGGCGCAUUUGCUCGUGGGUAUGUUCAAAAAGCUGUAUCUGAUACUGAUGCCCGCCGUUGCCAUCCUCUUGCUGGCGGUGCUCCCUUUAUAGCUUGCCACAAUUGCUUUGAGCUGCUUUAUUUGCCUAAGAAAGCUCGGUUUGUUCUGGAAAAGCAACAAAAGUUGCAAUGUGGUGCUUGUUCUGAAGUAAUCAGUUUCUCAAUUGUUGACAAGAAGUUUGUUUUUGCUUCUGGUCACGUGGAAACAAGCACGGUGUCUAGAGAUGUAGAAGACAGAAGGACGAGCACAGCAGUGAAAGGUGCUGUUCUGGAGUCUAACAGCCAUGCGAACCAACCAAGUGCUGAUCUCUCUUCUGUUGAUUACAAUGAUUCUGGCAACAAUCUGCAAUGCAUGGACAAAGAACCAGAUGGGGAAUCAACAAAAAACCGUGAUACACGAAGUGUCCAGUCUCUGUCUCCUAGUGAACAUCCAGACGAUGAGAAGUUGAACAUUUCAGAUGGACAACAGAGGGUGGUCAAAUCUGUCCGCCGUCGAGUGAAAGACACAAAAGCUCCCGAACCUACUCCUGCUCAAAGUGCCUCUCUCCUUGAACUCUUCGAGUAUUCUAACAUAAACCGAGUGGCACUCAGUUAUGGGAUGGCCCAGUUAAGUUUCAACUCAGAAAAGCAGGAAUCCUACUCGAAACAGACCUCGCUGAAACCAGAAUCUGUGGCUACCGAGACAGAAGUCUCUUAUGAUGAAUACUCUAAUACUGAGGUAUCUGAAGAUUUUAAAGAUUCAACCAGAAGCAAAGGAGACAGCAGAACAAGAAACCGAAAGGGAGGUGGUUCUGGUUUCAUGGAGGCGACAAAAGUCGGCCCUAGGGAUCAGAACGGAGAACGUGGAAAGUCAUCAGAGGUGUGGGUGAACGGGCGGCUGAUACCAGCAGAUCAGGUUAAGACAGCUGAGACAUUGGCUGGACCAAUACAAUCCGGAAACUAUUGGUAUGACUACCGAGCUGGGUUCUGGGGCGUGGUGGGCAAGCCAUGUCUUGGCAUAAUACCGCCGUUCAUCGAGGAGUUCAGCCACCAGCCGAUGCCAGAUAACUGUGCUGCAGGAAACACAGGUGUGUUUGUGAAUGGAAGAGAGCUUCACCAUAGAGAUCUUGAUUUGCUUGCAGGGAGAGGUCUUCCUCGGGAGGGGGACCGUUCUUACAUCGUCGAUAUAUCAGGCAGAGUCCUUGAUGGAGAUUCUGGUGAAGAACUCGACAGCCUUGGCAAACUAGCCCCAACGGUAGAGAAGGUGAAGCACGGGUUCGGCAUGAGAGUUCCUAGAACACUUGUUUCAUGAUCCUCAGGAACUUUUUCAGAAGCAACAUGGAUCCGUUUCUCCAAGUUCCAGUUUCAAUCCUCAUUAUCGGAUUAGCUUUUGAAGUGAAGAUUGUGUUUGAUAUACGACAUGGGUUUGAUUUUUGAUCUUCCUUUGUUUUUGUCUGGUAAGAGGUUCGUAUUAUUUCCAUUGUUUUUGUUCUGACAACUCCAGAACGGUUCGUGAAUUUUUGUCCAGAAAAUCACCUGGCUUUUCCAUCUGUCCUUUGUAUGAAAUCAAAAUGGUAUUUGUCACAAAUGGCCUUUCAUUA